AGUCGGCCCACCGUGAACCAUGGCGCUCGAGCUGCCUACCUCGCUCCGCACCCCCCCGAGCUGCGCGCCGCGCACGUGGACCACGCGGGCUCCGCUGCGGACGGCGCGGACCGGGGCGUCGACGUGGAACAGAAGACCGCUUCACUUGGCGUUGGCUCUGGUGCCCUGGGCCUUUCGCCGUGGCACGCGGCGCCAUGUGGUGCGGCUUUGGGCGAGUUUCGGACCGACACCUAUGGCUGAGGAGCAGAAGCAGGACAUCCGGUCGACUCAAAUCGGAUCACGAGUCUCUUACGUGGUGCUGAGCAACAUGCAGCCCAUUCUCAGACAACUGGACCAGUAUGGCUAUUCCCAGGUGGACGGCUUCCUAGGGGAUGCCAAUGGCUAUCCCGAGCAGAUCCGGGCUGAGAUGAAGAGUCUCUUUGACAAGGGCUUUUUUGAAGAGGAGCCGGAAUCCGACGCGCAGUUCAAAGUUGGCCCCUAUCGAAUCACCAAUCAGGACCGAGAGCAUCGAUUCCGGUACCGAAUCAAGGGCAGAAGUGGCGAAGAAAGGAUGGAACAACUCAUUCAGAAUCAGUAUGAGAUCGCUCCCACCGUGGUGAACUUUGCUCGCAGCCUGCUGGUGUCCUUCGCCCGGCCCCUGGGCGAGCUGACGGAGAGCGGGCUUUCCAACACCAAAGGUAUCUCUGAGCUUUUCGUUCUUUGUGGCCAGGGGGCCAGAUAUGACCGGCGCGUGAGCAAUGUCUACGGCUGGCAGACCGAACAAGGAUUUGUCCGUGACCCGCGUAAGUUGGUGGCGAUCUAUUUCUCAAAUCCGAACUAUCGCGAAGAGCUGGGCGGUGUCUUACAACUGGAGGGCGUCAUCACGCCCACGGGUGCUGUGCGCAUUUCGCCGGUGGCAGAUCGACUGGUGCUCUUCUGGGCCGACAAGACAGUUUGGUCCAUGACGCCUUCCCGGUCGAGCAUGAUCAGUGAACAUCAGUAUGGGAUCAUCAUGCACAUGAUGGCCAAGGGGGAUGUGGACUACGAUCCGCAGAACUUUGCUCGAUGGUUCCCAGAGCUGCGUGACAUGCCAAUGGCGAAGCCGAUGAGUUGACGCCGUGGAAACGACGCGAGUCAGAGUGGGGACGUGAUGCGAAUCACGCGAGGCAAAAAGGAAGAAGACUUAACAUGUACAUGUUUAUCCCUUGAGUUCCAUCAGGAGUCAUCGCCUUCUGGCUGCCAAAACAGAGGCCGUAUGCGAAAAAGCACG